AUGUAUCUGUUCGACGAAGAUCUCGAGACGAAGGGAUACCUCGGCCAUUUCCUUCGACAGGCAUUUCCCGGGCACAAGGAGACCCCGUUCCAUCAAUUACUACCAGCGCUUGUCGGUAAUCGGUCCAUAGAGUACUUUUGGGAGAACCCUUUAGCUCGAGGACUGGGAGCCAAGAUAGAUCAUGUUAAGUUGUUCUCCGGCCGCGGUCUCAUCUUGAGGCUCAGCAAGACUAAUUGGGAUGACAUCAACGGCUCUCAGUUCUUCCAAGGGAGGCUGAAUUGGCACUGUCAACAGGUUGGCCCAGGAGAGAAACGACGUCAAGAGCGCGAUGAGAAAUGGGUCACUGUGACGGAGGCAUCCUUGGGCGGCAAAGGGGACAUCUACGUGGCCUGUCCGUUGGGCGAGAUCCGUGAACUGAUCGGGGACAUCAAAACUCUGCUCAACAUCGGGAGUAUUUGGGCCUCUCUUGACGUCAAUCACUGGGAGGGCUCCUGGUCGGAGCUAGCGCAGGCAGAAUCUCUGUAUCCCAAGUGUUUGGUGAACCUGGAGGAUCCCAGAGCGAUGCGUCUGUACAACAACCUGGAGCUUAACAAGUGGUGUCUCACGGCAGCCGAACAGCGCAUUGAAAUUAUUUGA